AUGUCAACGAAAGCUGGGGAGCAACCCUCCGCUACUGAGCCGACAGCAACCGCACUCGAACCACCCUACAGCAUAUUCGACAAGAAACAAAAAUGGCUGAUCAUUGUAGUUGUUUCGACGGCUGCAACCUUCUCCGGGUGCGCAUCAAACAUCUAUUUUCCAGCUCUACCAACAAUCGCGACAGAUUUCGGAGUAUCGCUCGAGCUUAUAGAUCUGACUGUCACUUCUUAUCUUAUUUUUCAAGGCCUUGCGCCUAGUCUCUGGGGCCCUGUCUCCGAUGUCAAAGGACGCCGAGUUGCAUACGCUUUCACAUUUGUUAUCUUUCUCGGCGCCUGUGUUGGCCUAGCAGAAGCUAAGAACUAUGCGACAUUAAUUGUUCUACGUUGUCUUCAAAGCACAGGUAGUGCCAGCACGAUCGCGAUCGGCUCCGGCGUGAUUGGUGAUAUCACUACCCGUGCUGAGCGUGGAGGCUUCAUGGGUAUCUUCCAAGCAGGCUUGCUCGUCCCCGUUGCCGUAGGUCCAGUCAUCGGAGGUGCGUUGGCAGGAACCUUGGGGUGGAGAGCGAUAUUUUGGCUUCUGGUAAUCUACAGUGGAGUUUUCCUGAUCGCUUUAUUGAUACUACUUCCCGAGACUCUUCGGUCCAUCGUUUCAAAUGGCAGUCGAGUGCCAUCGAACUGGAUAGCUGGAUAUCCAUUAAAUGUGUAUAAGAGGACUACGACAGUUAAAUGGGAUCCAGAUACUACUCCACCCCCUGGAGCAAAAAAGCGCAUCGACCUCAUCGGCCCUUUUCGCAUUCUUAUUAGCAAACACGCAGCGCCUAUCAUUUUUUUCCUCGCCGUCUACUAUGCUGUAUGGCAAAUGAGCAUCACGGCCAUGUCAUCCCUUUUCAAGAAUCACUAUGGUCUAAGUGAGAUUCAAAUUGGUCUGACUUUCAUUGCUAACGGCGUGGGCUCAAUGGUUGGAACGCUCAUCACCGGUAAAAUCUUGGAUUUGGAUUAUCGCAAAAUUAAAGCCAAAUUUGAGGCUCAAAGUGUUGAGAGCAGUAGCCCAGACACACAGGAGACGCAAACCAUGACCCAGGAAGACUUCCCUCUCGAAAAGGCCCGACUCCGACUUGUUCCCCUGUUCUCUGUCCUACAAUGUUUGUCUCUGAUUCUAUUUGGCUGGACCAUUCAAUACAGAGUUCAUAUUGCCGUUCCAAUCAUCUCAACAUUUAUCACAGGUUGGACUGUGGUAUCUAUGCAAUCUGUCAUCAUGACCUACCUUGUUGACAUCUAUCAUGAAAGGAGUGCAGCUGCUAGCGCCAGCAUCAAUCUAGCACGUUGUCUCUUCGCGGCCGGUGGUACCAGCUUCGUGAUGCCACUUAUUAAUGCCGUUGGGGCUGGAGCGACCUUCACAAUAUGUGCCGCUGUUCAAAUCGUUGCUUUGGGUGGUCCUAUCUUGCAAUGGAAGUUUGCUGCCGGGUGGAGGAGAAAGGAGGAGGAGCGUCAGGCACGGAUGGAGGAUUCAAAGGCUUGA